AUGGCCGAACUCGGAUUUCAUGGGCAUUCAAUCAUAGUCAGAUUCACUGAGCAGCCUGUAUGUGAAUCCACAACUUGAAACAUUGGAGGCUACAUAAUGAAAUUUGUCAAGCUUCAAAGCUAUGCUGAAUACUGCGUCCAGCCAACAGAUUAUAUUAAAGUCAUUGAAGGUGCUUUAAUUGAGCCAUUACGGUUAUCAUUUCCAGGACCAUUUACCAAAGCUUCAACUGUAAUAGGGGAAGAUAUCAUCAAGGCUGGAGCAAUGACUACCCUUAUGAUUAUAUCAAAAACAAACCAGGCUCAAGUAUGUAUCCAGUCUCCUAAUGAUUUAGAAGUUUCAGGACCGUAUUCAGAACUCCUCAAGUGAAAGGAAGUAGGCGAGCUGCCUGGAAAAAGGAGCUUUUUAGGGAAUCCUUAUUAUUAUAUUAGAGGAUGGGAUUUAAGAUCUCAUGAUAACCGACAUAUGGGAUACAUUCAAGGAUGGCUGUCAGGAAAAGCUAUGAAUUGUGGAAAUUGUGACUAUUCAGAAAUGGGAGAAAACACUUUUAGGAAGAUUUAUUUGAAUAUUAUUAAUGGGACUGGGGAAGGGGCGUUGGUUUGGUAUAAAGACGAAGAAGAGCACUCACUUAUAUUGAUGCCUGGUGAAGAGCAUGGACCAAUAUGGGAGUGAGAUGAUGAUUUAACAAAAGUUGUUUACCCAAUGCAUAGGUGACAGUCAGGGGGAGAGCAAGCACUGAAUGCAGAUGAAGAACGAAUGGAUUUCAAUAUAGGAAUAGAGCUACCUCCUCCAAGAGCAGCUUAA